UGGUGGUAUCUGGCCAGCUUCGUUCCCGCCCUCCUGGUCACCAUCCUCAUCUUCAUGGACCAGCAGAUCAGCGCCGUCAUCGUCAACCGCAAAGAAAACAAACUGAAGAAAGGGUGUGGCUACCACCUGGACCUGUUCUGGGUCGGCGUGCUGAUGGCUUUGUGUUCCUUCAUGGGUCUGCCGUGGUACGUGGCAGCGACCGUCAUCUCCAUCGCGCACAUCGACUCUCUGAAGAUGGAGAGCGAGUCCAGCGCGCCCGGAGAGCAGCCACAGUUCCUCGGAGUCAGGGAGCAGAGGCUGACGGGUAUCCUGGUGUUCGUUUUGACCGGACUCUCGGUUUUCCUCGCUCCAGUUCUCCAGUAUAUCCCCAUGCCAGUUCUGUAUGGAGUGUUCCUCUACAUGGGAGUGGCCUCUCUGAGCGGCAUUCAGUUCUGGGAGCGUAUAAAGUUGUAUCUCAUGCCGGCUAAACACCAGCCGGACUUCUCCUUCCUUCGCCACGUUCCUCUGAGACGCGUCCAUCUCUUCACCCUCGUCCAGAUCAUCUGUCUGGCCGUCCUCUGGAUCCUCAAGUCCACCUUCCUGGCCAUCAUCUUCCCAGUCAUGAUUUUGGGUCUGAUGGUCGUGAGGAAGCUGCUGGAUCUGAUGUUCUCACAACACGACCUGGCCUGGCUGGACGACAUCCUGCCAGACAAAGACAAGAAGAAGAAGGAGGAUGACAAGAAGAAGAAGAAGGAGAAAAAGGCGGCGGAGCCAGAGAGCGACGAGGAGCCCAAAAGCUCGGCACCCUCUGCAGUGAUGAUACCCAUGGAGGCCGUAGAGCCCCACGCAGAGCCGGUCCCCGUUCCCCCUCCCACCCAAAACCAAACCUGUGACU